AAAUGAUGAUUGUUUUGAUUUUAUAAUUUAGUUUUUUCCGUGUGGCAAAAGUCUUACACAGCCUUCUGUAUAAGAAGAAAAAUCAAUAAAAAUUUAGAACACCUGAAUGAGGCAAUUAUUCAAUUUUCUUAAUUUCACAGAGAGUAAACUGUAAGUUAGAGUACAGACAACUCACAAUGAUAUGUUAAAUAUUUGUUACUAUUUUUUUAUCUUUCAAAUGUCAAGAACAAGCACGGAUUUAAACUUUAUCGAGCUUACCGAAUUGUUUCUCAAACUCGGUGAUUUGCAUCAUUGCUUUCAAUUUUUUUAGUCGAUAAUAAUACAUCAUGAAUGCACGAUACUGUGGCGAGGUGAGCGAAGCGGGACCAAUGCCCAAUACCCGUUCACCAUAUCCUGUCCGGCUUUUUUCCGUUAAAAUUGUAUAUUAUAAUAUACAGCCAUACAGGACGUCGAAUAUAGAGAACGAAUCCACUAUAUUCUUCCAAAUAGUACUCCAUAACAUAUGAAAUUCAAUUUAAUUGGGCAUUUUAAAAUUGGUGGACGGCCGUUUUUUAAUCAUAAUGGCAACAUCUGAUGUAAAUUCAAAGGUUUAUUAUUAUUAGGUACCUAUCUUAUUUCAAACAAUACCGUAACAUCUAAAUCAUCGAAAUUCGGUUAUCCUUAUUGCUUUCGGACAAAUAACAACAAAAUGGACAUAUUAUAACUUUUUUAUACAACCUAUGAAGACACAAUCAAAGUUCAAACAGCAAACGCAAAGGUUGGUGUGUCUAUAUUCUACGGUGUUGUGGAUUAUUUUCCUUGCAGUGUUACCAGCAAGCGUAUACUGUAGACACAAUAAGUCGGAUUUGUACGAAACUGAUGACGUUCUUCCGUCAUCAUUCAAAAUAUUUCAUUCAGACGUGGCAAAAUAAUAUAAUACAUUUCCAGUGGAUCAUUAUCAUUCAUCAUUACUGAUAAAAUUUAUCCGCAGUCUGAUAAUAAGUUUUGUUUAUGAAAAUUGAUUAGUAAUUUUUUUAUUUGUAUUGAUGUUCUGUGGUUAUAUUUAAGCAAUUUAUGUGCAGAGCCCUUAUCAACAUACACACUUUAUCACAAGACAUUUCAACCCACUACCCACUACUUAUCGAUUUAAUGUAUUUACUAUUUAUUAGUAUUUUAUGAGAAAUUUAAUUGAUAUUGUGUUAAAUAUUUCGUAGUUAAAUAAAUAUUCGAUAUAGGUCCGUCCUUGUAGAUGAUUGCAUUUUGGAAAUCACCAAUACACUGAAGCACAGACAGUCCAGCCUUCAGAUAUAAUUUAUAUUCUCUAGUAUUACUAAUAUCACAGAACAUUAAAACAACGAUAUCAGGGUAUAUCAUCAUUUCAUAAUAGUGUUUAUUUUAUUAGAGUUAUUUAAAAAAUUGUUAAUUCUUGUUUUCUGUUUUAAUGAAAGUCUAAAGUUCAUAAAUAUAAAUUAAAAAAGUUCAAUAUAAAGCAAUCAAACAAAUAGGGUAUAGCAUUGAUAACUAGCGAAAUAUAUAAAUAAUAUUGCACAAUUCGACCUAUUCAACCCAUUAGUGGAUAGAUAUCAGCUGUAUCCGUAUAAUCAGUUGAAAAGUGUAACUAUAUAAUAUUGAUACAAACAUUUGUGGAGUGCAGUCAACAUUUGAGCAUAGAACAAGACAUCAUCUAAUUCAUCUCACACAGCCAAAAUGACGAAUGAACAAUUAAUUGGAGUAAUUGAUGUUGAAUCCGAAAUUGUCAAAUUCUCCAUACUCAACCAUAAUGGAAAUAUUGUGUUGGAUUCAUACAGGCCUAUCGAACUAAUAAAACCAUACCCUGGUUGGGUUGAAGUAGAUGCAGAAAAUAUUUGGAAUGCAUUGUGUACUACCAUUAAUGAGGUAAUAGUUAAGCUAGAAUUAAAAAAUUUAUCUAAAGACAACAUUAAGAUAAUUGGGAUUAUAAAUGAAAGAGAUACUGUAUUAGCAUGGGAUUUAGAAUCAAGUAAACCGCUCUGUAAUGCAAUUCAUUACACUGAUACUCGUACAGACACAAUCAUUCAGGACUGUAUAUCAAAUUGUCCAAAAGAACUUGAUGAUAUCGAAGACGCAACUGGUUCAAAAGUAACAUCAAUGUUCAGUGGAAUUAAAUUAAAAUGGAUAAUUAAUAAUACACAUAUUAUAAAACAACCUACUACUAUGAAGAAUAUUAAAUUUGGAACAUUAGAUACUUGGAUAGUUUGGAAGCUUACUAAGGGUAAUCUUUAUGUGACGGACGUUACCAAUGCUUCUAGGACAUUAUUAAUGAAUUUAAAAACUUUGGAGUGGUCUCCAGAUGCCUGUCGAGUUUUUGAUGUUCCAAUUUCUUUGUUACCAACAAUUAAAAGUUCUUCUGAACACUAUGGAACUAUAGAAGAAACACCUUUAAAAGGUAUAUCAAUUGGAUCAAUAUUUGCUGAUCAUCAAGCUGCUUUGUAUGGAUUACAUUUCGAUAAACCUGGUCAGAUAAUGAGUAAUUAUGGAGAUAGUUGUACAGUGUCUUGUAUAAUAGGAACCGAAUUUAAAAGAUCUAAUAAUGGAUUAAUUACAACAGUAGCCUACAAAAUUGAUAAAGAACCAGCAGUUUAUGCUUUUGAAGGUUGGACAUCAGUUGGUGGAAAAGCGAUAGAAUGGCUGAAGAAUAAUAUGAAAAUUGUAGACAAUGAUGCAGAAAUAGAAUCAUUAAACAUAGACGUAAGUGAUGUAUAUUUUGUACCUGCUUUUAAUGGAUUAGCAGCACCACACUGGAAACCAGAUGCCAGAGGUAUUAUAUGUGGUAUGACUCAUUUUACUAACAAAAAACAUAUAAUUCGAGCUGCAUUAGAAGCAUUUUGCUUUCAUACGAAAGAUGUAUGUGUUGCAUUUGAAAAAGAUACAAAUAUAGUUCCAUCUCAGUUGUUUGUAGAUGGUCUUUAUUCUAUUUACAAUAAUAUAUUAAGUUAUCAAGCUGAUAUUUUGGGAGUAGAAGUAAUGAGCUCACAAAUGACAGACGACAUGGCUAUAUAUGGUUCAGCUAAAGCAGCUGCAAGAGUAAUAAAUAUUGUACUAGGAAGUCAUCAGUGGUCACUUAACAUAUUAAAACCAACGACAACAGAAGAAGAACAAAAAAAUCGGUAUUCAAAAUGGUUAAAAGCAAUAAGGCGUAGUACUGGGGUAUCAAAACCACCCCAACAACAAAAUCAAACAAUAAAUAAGUAUAAUAAUUUUAGUUCAAACUUUUUAUCCACAGCAUACUUAAUGGCUAUGAUGGGUAUGAUGGUUUUUUCUGAUAAAAAUUAAAAUUUCAUUAAAAAAAAUAUUAUCAUAUUAUAUUAUUGAUACCUAUAGAAAAAAAUAAAGUUACCUAAAUAAAAACUAUU